AUGGACAACGCAGGAAAUCAAUCGAUAAUCGCGCCGGAUAAACCAGAACACGUUCAAAUCGCGCGCCAAAAAGGAGCUCAACCGCUUUGCGCCGGCGAGCAAUGCUGCUCGAGCGCCAACGACGAAAUUGUGGGAGAAGGCCGUUUCAAAUGUCAGCGACCGAAGAUGAGGACAUUCAGUAAUGAAAAUAUUAAAAAAUAAAUCUUCAAUUUUAGAAUCGGCCGCCGUAGCGAACGCCGCUCGCGACGUUCGCACGCGACAAAAAAUGGGCGUGGCUGCGCCUCAAACGUGGUACGCAGCGAAAUAUUUGAGCAUUUAGUUGCAGUGCUAGCCGCCCGCGCACCGGUCACGUAUGAUACUCAGCCAUGAAAAACGCGGGUUCGAGAGCGUCGGCUCCAGUUCUGACACCUAAGAUUAGGCCAGUCAAAGCCGUAGCGACUGAUGAAGACCGUAAAAUCGCUGGCAUGAUGAUGACGUAA